UUCAUUUUGUGGACGAUCAGUGUUGCGUUCGGAUCUUGAAGAGUGAAGCACGGAAAUGGGUGAUCGUUUGGUGAUCGUGUCACUUCUCCUGGGCACGUUCGUGUCGUCCGCUCUUGCCCAAGGACCCGCUCGUAUUGUUUGCUACUUCAGCAAUUGGGCAAUCUAUCGUGAGGGGAUCGGAAGUUAUGGGAUUGACGAUGUGCCUGGUGAUCUCUGCACCCACGUGAUUUACUCUUUCAUCGGUGUCGAUGACUCCACAUGGAAAGUCUUGGUCAUCGAUCCAGAAUUGGACGUUGAUCGUGGUGGAUUCAGAAACUUCACCAAUCUCAAGAAAACCUUCCCGCAUCUUAAGACCCAAAUAGCCGUUGGAGGAUGGGCUGAAGGUGGCUCAAAAUACUCCCAGAUGGUACAAUCGCCCGAAAAGAGACGCACCUUCAUUCAGAGCGUCGUUGAGUUUAUGGAUCAGUAUGGUUUUGAUGGUUUUGACUUGGACUGGGAAUAUCCAGGAGCAGCUGAUCGUGGUGGAAGUUUCAGCGAUAAAAAUCACUUUUACUUCUUCGUCCAGGAGCUCAGGAGAGCCUUUGAUCGCCGCAGGAAAGGAUGGGAGAUCACCAUGGCAGUGCCAGUGGCUAAGUUUAGGCUCGAUGAGGGAUAUCAUGUGCCAGAACUUUGUCAAAUGCUCGAUGCAAUCCAUGCUAUGACGUACGAUCUUAGAGGGAAUUGGGCUGGAUUUGCUGAUGUCCACAGUGCCCUGUACAAGAGGCCUCAUGACCAAUGGGCCUAUGAAAAGCUCAAUGUGGCAGAUGGGAUGACUUUGUGGGAAGAAAAGGGUUGCCCAGCGCAUAAAUUAGUCGUGGGGAUUCCCUACUAUGGGCGAUCUUUUACAUUGAGUGCCAGCAACAAUAACUACGACCUCGGGACGUAUAUCAACAAGGAAGCCGGUGGUGGAGCUCCUGGCCCAUACACAAAUGCCACAGGAUUCCUUGCUUAUUAUGAGAUUUGCACGGAAAUCGCUGAUCCUGAAAAGGGAUGGACGACAAAAUGGGAUUCCCACGGAAUGGUUCCGUACACAUACAAAGGCACCCAGUGGGUGGGCUAUGAGGAUCCAAAGUCCGUUCAAAUUAAGAUGGAUUUCAUCAAAUCCAAAGGAUAUGGUGGUGCAAUGGUUUGGGCUAUUGAUAUGGAUGAUUUUAGAGGAGUUUGUGGAGAGAAGAAUGUUCUCGGGAAGAUUCUCUAUAACAAUAUGAAGGACUACACUGUUCCAGUCUCGACAAGAGCAACUACAGUCACGCCUGAAUGGGCUCGACCACCUUCAACAGAGUCAGUCGAUGAACCAGGAGAUACCUUCGUACCCACAACACAGGCAUCAACAACACAGCGUCCACAGAAAACAACCACGAGGGUUAUAACAACGAGAAAACCUGAAAGACCCAUUUCCUCUGAGGAAAGUCAGGAGAGUCAGGAAGAUCAGAAAGAGCAAAAUAAUAAGCCAGAAGAGCCACAACCACAGGAACCACAACCAGCUGCUCCUGGUGAAAGCACGGACUCUGAUACUGCAGAUGGGGAUGUUGAUUGCGAAGGAAAGGACUAUGUGCCACAUAAGGACUGCAAAAAAUACUAUCGCUGUGAUCAUGGAAAACCUCUUGAGUUUAGUUGCCGCGAAGGAACUGUGUUCAAUUCAUUGACUAAUGUUUGCGAUUGGCCCGACAAUGUGCGACAGACGGAAUGCACAGCUAAACUUCUUGGAGAACGCAAGAAGCCCGAGUCUGAGAAUUUAACUGAAUAACAAUUAGAAAAGUAAUUUUCGCCAAUUUCCCUCAUUGUUUAGGGAAGAAUUUCAAUGAGAUUUUGUACUGACUAAAAUUAUAACAUUUUUUCUUUUUUUUUUUUUCAAACUACAUUAUUUAGAAUGGAAUAAAUUGAAUGAAUAAAA